CUCUGGGUGAACCCACACUUUUUCCAGCGCGCUCUGAUUCCUUGAAGCCGGACUCGUUUCUGCGCACACGCCAGUUUCGCUUCCGCGUACUUCCCCGCCUCUUGCUGCCGUGAAAGCUACCAGGAAACACACUCGGAGCCGGAUCACAGCACACUGACAGCGGCGAACCUGCCGGGGACAUGGCAGCCUCUGUGUGCGCCUUCAUCCUGGCGCUUUACGCACUGUGCGGCUCCGCAGCCGGCUCAGGAGGGCUCAGCGCACCCACCCACGUCCGACUGACGUCCUACAACAUGGACCUGGUGCUCAGGUGGGAUCCACCUGAAGGGACGACCGAUGUUCUGACCUACACGGCCGAGUACAGAAGCUUAGCAACUGGAUACAACAAUGGCUGCACAAACACAUCAGCCCUCAAAUGUGAGUUCACCUCCUCCUCCAUCACCGUGCACGGGAAUUACACGGGCAGAGUGCGGGCGCAUCGGGGGGCCGAGAGCUCCAGCUGGGUGGAGAGUAACGUCAUUGUCAUGGACAGACACACCUUCAUCGGUCCACCUGAUGUGACUCUUCAUGUCACUGGGACAUCUUUGGAAGUCAGCAUUAAAGACCCAGUGUUCAAGCAGUCAGAACUGAGGGAGACGUACACCUCGGCCACCUAUAACAUCACCUACUGGAAGAGCAGCUCGAAGGAAGAGGUAGAAACAAUGAGUGACAUGAUGCAGGACCGAGUGGUUCUUAGUGACCUGGACCCGCUGAGCGAAUACUGCGUCCAGGUCCAAAUCAUCACCAACAUGAACCCCAGACCGAGCGAGUACAGCGACGUCGUCUGUGAGCGCACCGGUGACGUGGAUGCAGCUCCGUGGGUGGCGGCCGUGGUGACGUUUGUGGUCAUGGCCACGGUGGUGGCUCUGGUGGUGACUCUGGUGGUCUACUGGAAACAAAUCUCCAAGUUCCUGUGCCCAGAAGUCGUGCUGCCGCCACACUUUAAAGAGUCUCUGCUGCUGAAUGAUCCCAACUCCAUCUACCCAGUCUCGCUGCCCUCUGAGCACUGCGACCACGUCAGCAUCGUAGCAGACCACAGGACUGAGGAGGAAGGAGGGUGCAGCACUCAGCCUGAUACCUCACAGGAUGGGGGCUAGGAGGCGCAGGAGGGGGUGGGAUGCACUUUAAAGACUCUGAGAAUCGGCCUCUGACUGUGAGGUUUUAGAGCUGUGAACUCUGCAGCAGUGAAGUGAUGAAGACGAGCAAGAACAGGUGAAGCUGGCCCAGGUGAAGCUGUUCCCACUGUCACAGGCUGCUGUUUAUACUUUAAUAGUUUAUUCAUGUCAAUGUAAAUGUUUGCUUUCUACUG